UAUGAAUCUGCGGAUAUACAAGUCGGUCUACUCGGUCCUCUCAAAGCGCGCGGCCUGCAAUUGCUCAUGCGUGGCAAACAUAUCGAAUGAAACCAGAUACUCUGGCAACAUCAAAUACAGGAUAAGCCUGAUAGCAAGUCUUGACCAGUCGCAAAGCAGUGUGAAAGUAGACGGGACACUGGCAGCAAUUGACUCAUGUCAAGUAUCUCACCACAGCUGCCGGAAUUUGUGAGUCAGGAUCUAGGUGAUUCGUGUAAGCGCAGCAGUCUACCAGGGACACGUAUUGAAAACUCUCUUGGACGUGUCACGAGAAUACUCAAUAUAAAGGUGUUCAUGCAAUGGCCAGACGAUUAGAUCACCGCAGAAACUCUUUCAGACAACAUGGGACUUGUUAUUUCUCACAUUUUUUCAGGGCUAUUCACCCAACAGGAGUCAAGACUACUGAUGCUUGGACUCGACAAUGCGGGGAAAACAACGAUCCUCUACAAGCUGAAGCUCGGCGAGGUUGUCACGACCAUUCCUACAAUAGGAUUCAACGUGGAAACGGUUGCGUACAAGAAAAUCCAGUUCACCGUGUGGGACGUCGGGGGUCAACAAAGGAUUCGUCUGCUCUGGCAGUACUACUUUAAUGAUGCAGAGGGCAUUAUUUUUGUGGUCGAUUCCUGCGAUCGCGAUCGCAUUUCAGAAGCGAAAGAGGAACUUCACAUGCUGAUGAACAACGACCAAUUACGGGACUCGCUUUUGCUUGUGUUUGCAAAUAAGCAGGACAUGCCUGGCGCUAUGAGCGCGAGUGAACUCACCGAUAAACUGGAAUUGCGGAUGCUCGGACGGAGAACGUGGUACAUCCAGUCUACUUGUGCAACUUCGGGCGACGGCUUGUACGAGGGCCUAGAAUGGCUGGCUACCGAUCUCAGGAAGCGUCGCUGGUAGAUCAUGCUUCUCUGUGUGGUUCAGUGGUAGGACGAGGGGUUUCGUAGUAUGUUCGCAAUAUAGUGUAAUGUUAUUAGUCUUGGUAAUGGUGAGGGUAUUAUUGUUCGCUGCAUGGCCCCCUUAUCAAGGUCCGCGUUAAGGCUGUUAGUUUAAUAGUUGGCGAUGACCAGCAGACGUGGAAGACCAAGAAGGGAACCGCC